CGGCGGAGGCUCGGCGCCUGCGCGGUGGGAGGUUGCGGGUCGAAGGUCGCGGCGAGAGGCCUUUUCCUGGUCAACGGUCGCGGGUGGAUGUGGCGGCGCGAGGAGAGCUUUGAUAAGUAGCCUGUGUAGCCCGGCUGGCGGCAGAGAUAUCGUUUCCAUGAAACAUUGAUCAUGGAAGGGUUACUUGUGGAAGAUGAUAUCUCUAUUCUGAACCACGAAGAAGCAAGCCCUGAGGCAGUACACUUCAGGGAUAGCCCAAUUGCAACUUCUUCAGGAGAUGAAUCCGUUGCUUCCCAUUUUGCACUUGUCACAGCAUACGAAGACAUUAAAAAACGACUGAAGGAAACGGAAAACGAAAAUUCUGCUCUGAAGAAACGAGCCCGGUCCUUGGAAGGAAGGCUUCUCAGCACUUCUGUUGACAAUGAAAAAAGAUCACUGGGAGAUGAACAAGUGAAUAAAGCUUUCCAGGCCUAUCGGGAAGUCCGUAUUGAGAGAGAUAAGAUGAAACAGAAACUGGAAAAAAUGAUCCAGGAGCAGAUGGAUUCUGUGAGAAUUCUGAAUGAAACUCUACAGGCCAAAGAAGUAGAGGUUCUUCAACUCCGAAGUGAAGUUGAAACUCAUCAAGUGAUGGACUCUCUGCACAGAACUCAGAAUUCAUGGGACAAGGAGAAAGCAAUUAACGAAUCGAUGGUGCAUGCUCUCAAGCAAGAGUUGGAGGUUUUUAAAUGGGAAUGCAAUUCCCUAAGAGUGGAGCUGCAGAAUUGCAAAUUGAAGGAGAUUACCCUAAAGGAGUACGUGUCCAGAAUAGAUGCUCAAAAAGAUGAUGAAGAGGCAUUGAGAGAAGUUGGUCUACAAAAAGCAUACCAGGAGCUGAAGAAAGAAAUGUCUAAUGUACGUAUGGUGGCAAAAGUGCAAGCGGAACUUCUGCAAAAACUGUUAGCCACACAAGGUUCAACCAAGAAUGCUUUGCUUCAUGGUCCAGUUCAGUGUCUGGAUGACUUAGUCCGUGACUGCAGCGAACUGGAGCUUAAUUCUACUGGGGCAGUUUAUCGAGCAUCACGUAGCUCUUCAGAGGGUGGUCACGUGCAAAUACCCAACUUUACCGGGACUCGCCAGUUUCAACAGGGCACGGCAGUUUUAUCUGCCGAAGAGCUUGUUUCAUCAUGGAUAAAUCGGAGACCCACACCUGUUGGUAGUGCUGCUUUGGACGAAAUUGGUUCUUGUGGAAAGAAUUCAUUUGAUGAUAACUCAUGGGUUUUUGCAGCUUCACCAAUGAUCAAGCCGAAUCAAGCUGGAUUCUGGACCACUGGAAAUACUGCCACUUCCUCUGCUGUGCAAAUUCCUGGUGUGAGCACACAUGAUCCAGAAUUAGUGUUCAGGAGCUGAGUUGUGUAUUGGUGAGCUUUCAGUUAAGUGGGAACUCCUAUCUAUACAGAUCUAGAAAUGCAAACCUAGCUAGAAAAGAGCAGCUGAUUCUAACAGGACAGACAAUAAGUGUGGUUUGAUGCACCUAUGGGCAGUAUCGCAAUUCUAAAAAAUAAACCUUUUCUUUCCAAAAGUUUACAGAAUGCACUAAGUCUCGCAAGUCUUGAAAGGUUCCUUUUCAUGUUUCUCUAGCUUAUGGUCCUUAUUUGUCAACUGCAGGUGUUUCCUCGUCAGGACCUAUUUUCCUCACUUGAGUGUGCAACACUGCAUUGGAAAAUGGUGAUAAUCUGUUUUUUUGUAAGAAACUCCCUUCAAUUUGAAGAUCUGUAAUCUGAAAUGUUGUUCACAAAUUAUUCUCUGCAGUAGUGUGAACCAUUUAAAAUCAACGUUAUAUUUUAAAUAAAGCAAGCCAUUCUAUAGAGAGAGAUUUCGCUCAUCCUUAUUGCACUUAUUACACUGGUAAUUAUUUCUUUCCUCUUAAAGUGCCUCCUUAUUUAAUUGUGUUCAUUUUUCCCCAAAAAAAUCUCUUUAUGCCACCAUUUUUUCAUUGAAAGCUACAAAUAAUUGUUUUAAAAGAAAAAUGGUGAACUGAAUAUAUUUUUAAAGUAAGAUAAUGUAUAUUAGAUAAGAAAAUCUUGUUUUAUCACUGUGAGAUAGCCUGCUACAUUUCUCAGUCUAGCAAUGGCUGAACUCUGCAAUGAAGCACGAUCCAAGACCUAGUUCUGAUUGAUGCUCAGUUGUCUUUAAAAUGCAUAAUCUCAAUGUUUUCCAAUGAUAUAUAGGUAGUGCUUAUCAAAAUAACUAUCUGAAGCAAAACAUAACAGGCACCUUACUGGCUAUAACUGAAGGCAAAUUGAGUAUCUUGGCCAAGGUGUUCAGCAUAACAUUGAGUUAGAGAUAAGAUGCCAAUCAGGAAAGAAGUUAGGAAAUUUGGGUAGCACUUCAUACUACAGUGGGUUAAAGUAAUGGAGAGGUUUCUGUGCCCAGGAGUCUGGAUGCUUGGCGCGGGAUCUUAGCAAGGAUAAGAAUGGGAAUAAAAUGAAACUAAUUGAGUGAGUAAUCUUUUUCUAUCUUUCUGAACUGUUAACUUUUGGGGAUCAAUAUGCAUAUCCCUGUUAUUACAAAAUUAAACAUCAGAGACACAUUCACAUAUGUAUCCGGGCAGGGUUACAUGGCUAGGAAGUGAUUUCUAGAAAGUAAUUUGGAUUAACAUCUUUUUAAAAUGUUCUCUGGUCAUGGUCUGAAUGUUUACGUGGUGAUAAUAUCUUUAGAAUUCUAUCAGUAUCUUGCAAGGAAUAAAAUGGGUAUUCAAUAUUCACAAUAUAAUGAAAUAGGCUUUGGAUAUUCAAGUUCAAUAUUGAUGUUCAGGAUAUUUAGAGCUAAUUUAAGGCAAUUGGGUGCAGGAACUGGAUAUUAAUUAGCAAUCCACCACUAGUUAGAAAUGUAGUUCAUUAUUGUCCAAAGAUUUUUUUUCCCCCCCCUUUCUACAUCAAAUAAUUCUUCAGACAGCAAUGGAUGUUGUAGCCUCUCUUGAGUCACGAGAUAUAUAUAUAUGACUGUAUAUAUUAGUAAUCAUUUCUGGAUUUCAGAGCACUGUUGCAUUUGUGUUGUGUUCAUGAUACUGUUGGAAUAAAUGAAUGAUGAACUUCUCAAAAAAA